CCGCUCUACCGCACCUCUUCUACACUCUUUCUCACCACCAAUACCGCAACCAUUUCCUCCAGAGUCGAGUCAAUCAAAGGACACCUCUCAAACCAACAGAGCACCAGCAAGAUGGGUUUGAAGGGCGUCCACUUCGGCGGUGGCAACAUCGGCCGUGGCUUCGUGGCCGAAUUCCUCCACAACUCCGGCUAUGAAGUCGUCUUCGUCGAUGUCAUGGAUUCAAUCAUUGAGUCUCUCCAAAAGACCUCCAGCUACGAAGUUACCGAGAUCGGUCCCGAUGGCGAGUCGAAAUUCACCAUCGACAACUACCGCGCACUCAACUCCAAGCAUGAAAUGGAGAAGGUCAUCCACGAGAUUGCUACUGCAGACAUUGUCACCUGUGCUGUUGGACCGAACAUCCUGAAGUUCAUCGCUGAGCCGAUCGCCAAGGGUAUUGAUGCACGUACGGAGAAGAAGCCUCUUGCCGUUGUCGCUUGUGAGAACGCAAUUGGAGCUACGGACACUCUCCGCGGGUUCAUCGAGGGAAAGCUUUCAGAUGACAGCAAGACGAACAUUGCAUCCAAGGCAGAAUUCGCCAACUCCGCCAUUGACCGAAUCGUGCCAAUCCAAGAUGAGGGCGCAGGUCUGAACGUCAAGAUCGAGAAGUUCUACGAGUGGUGUGUGGAGGAGAAGCCCUUCAACGGCAGCCCACCACCCAUCAAGGGCGUACACUUCGUCGACGACCUCGAGCCAUACAUUGAGCGCAAGCUCUUUACCGUCAACACCGGCCACGCCACCGCUGCAUACUACGGUCACCAAGCCGGAAAGCAGUACAUCCACGAAGUCCUCGAAGACCCCAAGCUCCACGACAUUGUACAGAACGUGCUCAAGGAGACUGCCCAUCUGAUCUGCACCAAGCACGACCACAUUUCCAGGGAGGAGCAGGAGGAGUACGUCCAGAACAUUGUCAAGCGUAUCAGCAACCCAGUGCUCAAGGACAACGUCGAGCGUGUCGGUCGUGCUCCGCUUCGCAAGCUCUCCCGCAAGGAGCGUUUCAUUGGCCCGGCUGCACACUUGGCUGAGCAGGGUGACAGCGUGGAGUGCAUUUUGGGAUCGAUUGAGCAAGCUCUUCGUUUCCAGAAUGUGGAGGGUGAUGAGGAGUCUGCCGAGCUGGCGAAGAAGUUGAAGGACAUGGACUCGAAGGCGGCGACGAAGGAUAUCACCGGUUUGGAGGAGAGCCACCCGCUGUUCGAGAAGGUCGAGGCGAUUGUGAAGAAGGUGCAGGGCGAGUCUAAGUAGACUGUGGAAGGGCAUGACCCACGGGGGGAGAUCGACAGUGAAAUCACGAAGGAAGGGCCUAUAUUAGACACCCCAGCUUGUUGUCGUCAAGAGCACGACUAAGUCACCGGCAUGUGAACGAUUUUGAUGCAUUUCAUCUUAGCUGGCGAUCAUAGCAAUGAGCACGAUAUGAAAGCGAUCGCACUUGAGCAGUCGUU